AUGAUACCAAGUGUUUCGGUACCGUCAACCAUCCAAGAAACCGAUGAAAAUGGUCUGCAUGAAAAAUGUACGGAUAAAAAAAGUACGAAUGAAAAAAGUUCGGAUGAAAAAAGUUUGGUUGAAAAAAGUGGACGCACCCAGCGACGUAAGUCCAGUGUUAUUAAUGAUCCAGCAUUGCGGGAAGGUGAUACGAAUUCGACACAUAAUCAACGUCUAGCGUCUUUGUCGGCAGCCUACACAAACAUCUUGAACAGCAUCGGCGAAGAUUCUAUGCGACAAGGUCAGUUAGAUAUUUUCUUUGGAACAAUCAAUAUACUUACGAGCCAUCACAUGAGGAAAGAAAGCCUAACACUAUAGAGGGCUACUAGAUCGAGAUUAUCAAAUUCGUACGAAACCUAUUGGAUCGUCUAAAGCAUACUUCUAAAGAUGUAAAAUCCAAUUUUUAGAUUUCUCAAAUGUAUAUCGACAGAAAUUAUGAUGUCACAUGAAAAGCACAAAAAACAAGUUCUUACCAACCCUGAGAUUUUUUUCUUUGAACAUGUGUUGACAAUAUUGUUCUACUAAAACGAGCUACAUUUCUAAACGUUUUAUUGAAUACACAUUUUGGUAAGAACGACAUGAAUAUGUUGUCCAUUUAUUAUUUACAGACUACUAAUAAGCUUUGACUCCUAUUGACUCCCCAAGGUAUAGAUGAAAAAUCAGGUUCACUUCGUGAUAAGAUUUCUCUGAUCCAGUCCAGUGCAAGAGGGUAGUACAUUUUUCAUAGGCUAUACUUUCUUUCCCCCAUUCCACUCCGCCUUCGGUUUUUUUUCUUUUAGCAUGUUUUAGUUGUAGAUAGUGUGAAUAUAUGAAAUCAUUUAGCUGGAGUCUGAAUUUUAUAGUAAUAGAAAAAGAAAUCAACCUUUUUAAAGAAAAGUCAUUUCCAAUGAGUAUUGGCUCGUCCAUUAUAUUAUUUGUAUGGAAUCUAUAUUUGCAUGAAUAAAUACCAGAUUUUUGCUGCAUAUACAACUAAAGGUUCUUGAGGGUAAAGGUGAUGAUCUCUUUCUCGCCCUCAUUCAUUCACUCACCCAUCCAUCCUCACCUGCACACCCUUACUCUUUCAUCAUAUUUCAAAUUUCGUUCAACCUAUAACUUGUCUACCAAAAACUAAAAAAGUUAAAAUUUUUUUAUGUUGCCCUAGGAACUAUUUGGAAACGAGAUCAGGUAAAAUCCAUCGAUUGUUGACACCAACUAUUUGUUAUCUCAGGUCACUUUUUGAUUGUUGUCUUCUCUAAAAAAAAAGUAGUGCUAUGAGAUCCAUCCUCAAAUUAUUUGUUUCAAAAUCGUAGUGCAUUGCUAUCUCAUAGUACAAGACGAACAAUCACUUACCAACAACUGGAUCGAGAUGGUACACACCUAAACGGGACCCCAUACCAGAGGCCGAAACGAACCGAACUUUUCUGGCUCGAGUUCGGUUCGGUUCGAUUGAGUUUUUAAAAAGUCGGUUCGAGUUCGGUUCGGUUCGAUUCGUUUUUCAAAACAUCGGUUCAAGUUCGGUUCGGAUCGACUCGAACCGAACCGAACCACUAGACUUCGGAUCGGAUCGGCAAAAAUAGUUUAAAAAAGCUGUAUAUUAGUAUUCUAAUGGCAGAUAAUUGCUUAUUUUAACUACCCUUUAACUAGUGACCCGUUUGAGAGAAGUGAAAGUACUUUUUUGAAUAUGCAAGGCGACUUUUAAAAACUGACAACUGCUACCGAUCCAGACAGAGCCAAGAUUGCCCGGUUCGAGUCCGGUUCGGUUCGAUUGAGUUUUCAAAAAGUCGGUUCGGAUCAGUUCGGUUCGUUUUCGGCCUCUGCCCCAUACUGAAUAAUAAGUGGAUGAAUGAAUGGCAGCAACGGCAGAUGUGUAUACUGUAGACGAGUGGAUUGUAACUUUUUGGUACGAUUGGUGCGAAAAAGUGGAAGCAGACUUAAACAAUUUACGAGCAGUGCAUUUUAGUACACUCUAUGCCUAUGUUACACAGCAAAAGUUUUCCAAUACUUUACUACAUAUUAGCUGAGAUACGAUUUACUUCACUGUAAAUGUACCAUAAAACCGUUAAUUUAAUGAAAAAUGUUUUUUACAUUGCAUCAUAUUUUGUAAAAUUCUCCAUAAUAGAAAAAGAUACAAAGCUGAAUUUUUAACUGGUCAUACAACUCUAAGAAAUGUGAUUUCAGUAAAAGUUUGAAUGAAAACAAACGACUCUUUCAUGAGUUACUCAUAAAGUAAUUUUUGAAAAAAUCGUUCUACAUAUUUUCUAGAAGUGAAGUGAGGUUGGGGAAGGAAAGUAUAGCCUAUGGAAAAUACACUACCUUCUUUCGCUGGACUAGAUCAGAGAAGUCUUAUCACGAAGAGAACCUACUUUUUCACACUAUAUCUUGGGGGACUCAUAGGAGUCAAAAACUAUUAGUAGGAGAUAAAUAACAAAUGGACAGCAUAUUCAUGUUGUCCAUACCAAAAUGUGUAUUGGAUAAAAUAUUCAAAAACGUAGCUCGUUUUAGUCAAACAAUAUUAUCAACACACGCUCAAAUGGAAAAAAUCUCAGAUUAGGAAAAACCUGCUUUUUGUGCUUUUCAUGUGACAUCAGAAUUUCUGUCGAAAUACAUCUAAUAAAUCUACAAAUUGGAUUUUACACCUUUAGAAGUAUGCUCUAGAUGAUGCAAUAGGUUUCGUGCGAAUCUGAUAAUGUCGAUCGAGUAGCCU